AAUAUAAGUUGAAACCCUUGAAAUAUAAAAUUUCUUCCAAUUCGGCGGCGGUCAGUGACAAUUUGAAAUUUUUGCAUAUUUCUGCCGGUUUUAUAUUCGGCCAAUUUCACUAUUCAGUCCCAGGAAACGUUUACUUUCUUUCCAAAUUAUUUUAUUGAAAUCAGAUUACCCACCGAGGAAUACCCUGAAUACCCACCGAGGAAUUGUAACGCAAAUUGAAAUAGGAAUUGUACUCCUGAAUACCCACCGAGGAAUUGUAACGCAAAAUGAAAUAGGAAUGUAUUUAAAGUGUGGAAUCCCUCAUACGCAAAGGAUUUCUAUCUAGCGGAAGGAUUUGAAAAAACAUUAGUCACUUGACAAAAGAACUCAAGACAAGGACACAGACAAGGAAUCAACAGCUUCUAUUAUCCUAACAAACAAGCUCUAUUUGUUACGAGUUAAUUCAGAGGUCAUGGUCGCGGAAAUUAAUUUUCUUUUUCAAACGGUUUGUUUACUCGCCAUUUACUAGUGUUUUUGAAAACUACUGUGAACAGAAACCGCAUAAUACGAAAAAUAGUUUUCGUUCUAAGAUAAUUAAUAAUUUCUCCUGUUUUUAGCUCUUGAUUAAAAAAAACUUGUUUCAAUUUGAUUGGAAUGCAAGUCCUGCCCUGUUGAUGCUAUGCUAGGUGAAAAUUAUUCCUCUUGAAUUCUCGUCUUCGUCGUUUCAAAGAUAUGAACAACGGCUAUCUUCUGAACCACUUCUUAUUUCCCCGGAAAAUAGACCUGCUCUCAAGUUCAACCGAGACAUGUUUGGGUGCAGGUGUUAAACUGCCCGCAGCUGAGAAUGAAGCUAUCAGCAAGAAACCUCCCAUUACAAACUUCAUCUCCUUAUUUGGAAGUGGUUUGAAAAAGAUAGAGAACGUUUUGCCGAAUCUCAUUCCGUCUGAAAACAGAGAUGGACUGGUUGCGAUUUUCGAUCGCUGGCUCAAGUACCCAAGUGGUUCAUUGAAUUUCGAAGGGAUUAAACACUUAACUGACAAUUUCACAGUUGCCGGAGAUUAUUUGCCGAUACUUUGCGAGAGAAAAAACGCCCUGUUGAUCUUCCGUAUUCCUCAAUCAUUGUCAAAGGAUUCGAGCGAGACAGUUUUGGUUAACGCAUCACAAAUACUUCUUCAAUCGAAUGAGUUUUAUGGUGAAAAAGGUGAAGCUGGGUACCCAGUCCGUAACUUACCCGAUGGUCCGACUUUUGAAAUCAGGCGUGAAAAGGCGUUCACUGAUCCUGUUCUUCAAAAAAUUAUCGAGCUGGGAAAAUUGAAAUAUCGUCGUGAUGAAGAAAACGAUUCGAGUGAUGAAACCGAACCUAGUGGUUUGCAUCGCAAGACAGAUAACUUCAAAGUCGGGGAUCCAGCUUACGUGACGAACUGGCUGGUCGCUUUUCUGGCAGGUGAAAACGAGCCUGUUUCCGAGGUUCAGUUUCACUCUAAGAUCCGCGACAGAGCAAUCGUUAUCCAAGAAAGCGAAAAAACUGUUCCUUGGCGUAGAUCAGAGGAAUAUUUUGCAGUGAAAUACGUUUUGAAGCAUUAUUUGACUUGGCAUCUUGGACCUGUUCAUGGAAUGCUUGCGUACAAAUGCAUUGUAACUCUGGUUCUGAUUGACUUUUCCAGCAUAGUCCAGGACUCGCUAGAUGUUGACAAUGGAGUCCAGCUGAUGACCAAAAUUGCCAGGAGGUUGAAGAAACUGGAAAAUCAGCGAGACACUGCGGGAGACAGAGAAGUUCCUGCAAGAAUUAAAAUAGAUGUGAUUAAUGUCCUUGCAAAAGGUGCAUCGAUGGUUUCUGAUCUUCGUCUUAAACUUGGCUCACGUUGGGAUAAAAUUCAAUCGAGUGAAUUUGAGAGCAAAAACACUGAUUCUGUGUACGAUUACCUGAGUGGCCUUACACGGGAGAAAAUCUUCUCCCAAACAAAUUUGAAACUCGACGAGGUCGUGAGUUUUUACGAACAAGUCAAAUCUACACUCAAGUCGAGACAGAAUAUGCGUGGACGAUUGUUCAACGUAAGUUUGCUGGAUCAGAAAAUACUUCGAACUGAAGACAAAGCUUUAAGGAGCGUGGCUACAUCCUUCUCUUCUGGAGUGAAGAUUUUAGAUUUCACCUCAAUUCAGUCGCUAUAUGACAACGAUUUAUGGGCAAAGAGUAACUGUGAAAAACUGGCAGAGGACAUCUUCUGGACAAUGGACGAAAUUUUCACGAGCUUUAAGAACUACUUUAAACUUGCAUCGAAAACAUACGCCGGAAAUCCGGAAUUAUAUAGUGGAAUGUUGCUUACUUGUUACUCAUUUCUCACGAUUUUGGACAAGAAAGCAUGCCACACUUGUCCAAUGAUACAAGAUCAUGGCCUAGACAUAGACAUCAAGGUUUUGAAGCAUUUGCUGCUUCCGCUACAAGACCAACUUACACAGCUGAAUUAUGUCGAGAGCUACUUGAAAGUAAGGUUCAAAGGUCAAGCUCCAGUUGCCCUGCUGGGAGAUCCAACCAAUCCCAACUCUUUGGAUGUACGUUACGCUUGUUCAAACUCCACAAUGCAGUCUGUUCGUAAAGUAAUUUUACAAAAAAUUGAAGUGGAAAAACGCGAAAAAAUAGAAGAAGUUAAAAAAGAAUACGAACGGUAUCUUGAUUUGAAAAAACAGGCAGAUUCUAAAAAAUGUGACUACGUUUCAAUGCGAAAGUGGAGCAAGUACACGAAGAGUUGUUAUGAUGAGGAAGUUCACAGCAGAAACUGUGGAAAAUGUGAACUAACUAAACGAGCUGAUGGAAUCAAAGUAUCUCUCUACCGUUGUCCGUUGCCGACAAGCGAAAACGCUCAGCAUGCUGUCAUGUUCGAACUGUACUGUCCAAAUGAAGUUCGUGUUCUCAGAUCAGCUGUGCACUUUUUUAAGGCUGAAGUUUUGAAUCACUGGGCAGCGACUGAGAAUCAGUCGAGAAGACGAGGGAUUUGGUCUGAUCACAAGGAUCUCAGAUGCUACCGAAGCGCUGAGUACCCGCGCUCUCUGUCUGAACAAACGACUUUGAUGAGUCGUGAUGACUUCAACUAUAAUCCGAACCCCAAUCAUCCCUCAGUGUCGCCGGAAGGGCAUCGUUUUAUAGACAAAAAUUUUUACCAUGUUCGAUUUGGACUUAUCGGAGGCAAUGGGCCCACUCUUUGUCCCUUAGAUUCUUCUCAAGAAGAUUUUAAAAGGAACAACAAAUUUUUGGAGGAGUUGCACAGAUCAUGUACGAUGAAGGCAGAAGGAUUAUAUACAUGUCUUCAAUGGACUGUUGACUCCAGUUCGCAUAGUGACAAUGAAGUGAUUUGUCGUCAGAACGAAUGUCCGACCGAUCUGACGCUAAAAGAGUUUCGAACAUUCGGCUUUGCUCGGGCAGGAAGUCGAAUUCAGCUUCGGAAUCUGAUGGCCGCUCUUAAGAGCAACUCUCUUUCGUGGAGCGAGGAGGCUGUGUUGUCAUUAGUUUGUCAAAUUCUCUGGGAGAGCGGAGACUGUUCUGCAUCAGACUUCACUAAAAACGAAGACCAUGAGUCUGAGAAUGUAUCCGAAAUUGAUGACUGUUUUUAUGAUUGCAUUGAAAAGCAGCGUCUAAUUCGACCUCAGCACCGAGAUUUAACAGACGAAGACUUCAUCCGAGAUGCUCUGCGAGUCCUGGAUGCUCAACUUGACGCUGUUCAGGACAAUUGGGACAAAAACUUAUCGCUUCUCUGUCUUGUGACAGUUGCAUGUCGUCUGUUAGAGUUCGCGGGUGCUUCUCAGAAUCACGACGUUUCCCAUUUUUUAUUCCGCUGUCGGGAAGUUGCACUAAUUUGGGUAGAAAAAGUCAAACAGAAAAUCGAGUCAUUCAAAGUCCGGGGAGUCAACGAAUGGCAGUUGACAGAGAAGCUUGUCCAAAUAAGUUUAACAGUCGCUUGCACGUUCCACGUCAGUGUUGAAAACAUAGAAAUGAUACUUAAAGAACCGAGUCACGCAAGGUGUUGGAUGAUUGCUCAGAAUAACGUAUCCGACAACGUUAUAAUGAAUAAUAAAACCGCAGAAUCAAUGUCUUUCACAAAGAAUCUUGUGCAAAAGUCGUGGUUGAUUGGUCUUAAAAUUCAUAACACUCUAAAUAGGGUUUUAGAAAACAAUGUUGAGACUAUUGGCAGGUUUGUCCGUGAACAAUAUCAGCACGUCGAGCUUCUAGAGUCUGGAAUCGAGGAAUCUAAAUGGGAACCAGUACCUCAUGCAGCGCCUUGGAUGAAACGGAAUCUGGCCAGUGGAACCCACAUGUGUGUAAAUAAACUCACUGGAACUUUUAUUAUCAACAACGAUCCAGUACAGCGUCUCCCGUCUGACAUAACAUCACAUGAAAGUUACCAGCGAAUCUUCGGAUCCGCGAACUUGACGGUUGCUCCUGGUGACUACCCAGGGAGUUUUGUGACUACGAAUCAGAUCUUCGAAGCAUGCUACGAGUUCCUAAUGAUUGACAGGCGAACACUCCUAGUGACUAAAAAGAUUGGCUCAGAAAGACUGUUUUAUCUUCACGAAAACAUUCUCAGAAGCCGAAUUCCCCAUGAAUUAGGACAAUACAGUCACUGGUUACUGGAAAAAAAAGAUCGCGAGAAACUUUCAAUAGAGUUCAACCAACAAAAAGUAUUCGACAGUAGACCUGAAAAACCUAAAAAAUUUCUCAUAACAUGUGAAGGAAAAUUCUGGAAGCUGAUUGACUUGCAUAACAAUUCCGUAAUGAUAGACAUGGACAGCGAAAUAUUCCAAAAAUUGCAGGAAUCCAUUUUCAGCGGAAUUGAGUUACGUGAGCACAUACACCUGUUUUUGCUUCCUGACAAUGACAUCAUAGCUAUUUCAUUUCCUAGGCAUCGAAUUUCGUUUUCAAUAGCUGGAAACUAUUCCAAAAUAACUUCGACCGAGUUCCCUGGGUUCCAAAUAGCAAAGUCGGGUUUCUUGGGAACUCUAACAGGCUUGCGAAGUGCUCUUGUCCUCGAAUCCUCCAACAUACGGAAAGUUAUCAUACCUCAUGGCGAACUUAUUGAGUCAAAUGAAGGCGAUGAUGGUCAUGCUCGGAUUGAAGUGAACAAAACGAAUUUUUGUAGCCCAUCAUUUUUUGUUUAUAGUGUAGAUGAGAACUUCAAACAGCUGUCGACUCCGUCUAGUGAAGUAGCAAACUUGUAUCUUGCAAUGCUACAUGUGAAAACAUCCUACCCGCUUGUUGAUCCAUUCACUAAAAUAACUGGAUUUGAAAUGGGUAUGCAGAUUUUGAGAAAAGGUCGCAGUUAUUCAUGUAAGCCGCUGGAUUCAAGGUCCAAACAAAUAUUGAAGGUUCUUGAAGGUUCUUGUCCCAAAAGGAAAAUUUACAGAAGCAAAAAAGGACGAAUGGUAGAAGUUGAAUGGUAUCCUGAUUGCCCCCAGUACUCAAUGUGCACGCUAGAAACACUAUAUAUGCAAUGUGAGAAACUUCGGAAUCAUAGCGAGAAACUGAAAUUUAUGUUUCCAGAGUCAGAAAAACCAGAUGCUGAAGACAAUUCCGAUGAAGUUGACCCUUCUUUCCCGAUUCUUGUAACACAAACAAUCCGGAAUAUACAGGAGAAAGUUCACAUAAUGAAUAUUGGAGAGUUUAAGACAAACGUGAACAGCAGUUCUUGUCUAAUACGCCACGUGGAAGUAAUGCUUCAAAAAGAAUCCGUUAUCGACAGAGUUAGGAGCAUAGCAUCACUACAAUACUUGGAAAACCAAGAAGUCUUGUACGAUAGAAGAUGCUCGCUCUCUAUAUGGGCAGAAGGUGAAAAAGAGAUGCUCGGCUUAGGACACUCCAAAUUAAAAGGUGAAUGCCGCAGCCUCCAAGAUUGGAAGUCUAUGAACGUUAAAAGUGAAUGCUUACUUGAUCUUUACCAGCUGGCUCGUCGAGGCGACCGAACUCGAGAUUUACUUUAUACUUUAACUUCAUUUCUCGCAUUCGAGGGAAAAUUACAACUUGAGCAUAUGAUCCCUUUUUUCGUUGUCUCAAAACACUUCUCGAAGUUUCAGGCGUUGGAUCCUCCUGAACACUCGGGAUUCGUUGAUCUACCGAAGACUGAAGUCUGCCUUAAUGAAAUCUCCGAAAUCUUAAAUCGUUUUUUCAUUUCCAAAGAUGAUUAUAUCUACGAGUAUGUUCGAAGACACUGUACUUACAAAGAUCGAACCACCCAAAACGAUAAGUAUCACGAAGAAGAGAAAAAAGCUGCAAAUAAAUACAUUCGGAUCAAAAACGAGGAGGGAGAGCGAGCGACUCGCGAAGCCAUGAGUUUGUGGCCUUGCUCUGAAUGUCACCUUAGUGGCGCUUAUGAGCUGUUAGAUAAAACUGAAACUCUCAAAUGUCUUUCGCGCUUGUUCGACAGCCGCUUCUCGAACAAACAGUUGUUCAAGUUUCUCGGACAAGUUGACUGUUUAAUAGAAUCUAUCGUUGAAGAUAAUUACAACAUGAGUAUAACUCGAAUUCCUAAUUUUAGUGCCAAAUUUUACCAGGAAGUUGAGUUUGCAGAGUGCAUCAAUUUGGAUUUCAGAUUUGCGACUGAAAGUGUCCCUGAAAACUUCCACGAACUCAUUCGCCCAUUCACUGAACAAAACAAUGAUUUUAAUUCAAUAGGAAUUGUUUCAAAUGAAAAACGCCGCCAAGACGAAGAAAGCUUAAUUGAGAUGAUCGGAGGCUUCGAGGUCCAAGAUGCUGUCAGUCAAGACUUCGAAAAGCGCCUGGAGGAAAGUUGGAAAGCUUUCAAAGAAGGUGAAAUGACACGUGAAGGAACUGUUCCAGAUUUUGAUACAAUCCAAAACGAGGUCAAAGUUGCUCGUGAGCGAGUAAUUGAGGUGGAAAAAGCGUUAAUGAGCGUGUGGAUCCCGAAAGAGGACGAGCAUGUUAAAUUAGCUCUUCAUGAUUGUGGGCUCGUGUUCAGAGACUCCCCGCUAUCGUUAGUUCCGCAUCUGCUAUUGCAUGAAACGAGUCCAAACCAGGGGGGACAGUGUGACUGGAGAGAUCUCCUAGGAGCACUCGUAGUUAGAUGGACUGAAAAACAGAGAUUGGAACGAUGUCUGCAGUACCUGAAAAGCGGCAAAGAUGUGCACUUGCAGCGCGAGUGGGACAAUCGGGGACAUACCAACUGGGUACCUCGAGAUUUCGUUGAAUGGUUGAUUCUUGAAGUGGAAGGAAGCUUCCUAAUACGUCCUGCCCAGGUAGAAAUCGCUCUUCAAAUGUUCGAGCCUCCCGGAGGCAAAAAUGCAGUCAUGCAGCUAAACAUGGGUGAGGGAAAAUCAACUGUUAUUGUGCCCAUGCUUGUUGCCGCUGUUUCCCGUAAAAAAGAAGUUUGUCCUCAAGUCGUUGUAUUGAGCUCACUCUACCCCACAAACUGUCAGUUUUUGUCCGCAAAAAUGGGUGGAAUUCUCGACAUGCGAUUGCUUAAACUGCCUUUCUGUAGAGAUCUGCAUCUAAGCUACAGUAAAAUGAAAUACCUUUCCAGUUAUAUUACUGAACACAGCAAGCAACGAGGUUUUAUUGUGAGCACUCCUGAGCAGAUGAUGUCAAUGCAACUCAAGGCUUCGGAGGUUUUCAUUGACGGCAAAGAAGAGCAGAUCGAAAGCUACAGACUCUUCUCGGAGACGUAUGAGAGAAGCGUUAGGAAUAUACUAGACGAAAGUGAUGAUAUAUUGUCUGUGAAAAGACAGCUAGUUUAUACCAUGGGGUCCCAAAUUGCACUGGAUGGAAACAAUGAACGCUGGAUAGUUAUCCAAAGUAUCUUUCAAUCUCUGAAAAAACAUUCUGACGAAAUUUAUGAAGAAUGCGGCUCAGAUCAUGUGUUGAUCGAGCCCCAAAAACCCGAAACUGAACAUCAGUUCAAUCUUUUUCGCCUGCUUGACAAAGAUAAUGAAGCGUUUUCUAAAAUAAGUAAAUUGAUCGUAGACGAUUUUAUAGAAUGCAGGACCAAUGCAGAUUUGAAACCAUUGACUGAGAGCCAGAAAGAUUUCGUGAAAGAUUACAUAACUGCAGGAGAAUUAGAGUUAAACCAAACUGAAAAUUUGGAAAGCAUUCUUGGCGAGGAAGACAUACCCCCGGUUUUGUUUCUGCUUCGCGGCUUGCUGGGUUUGAAAAUUUUGCAACACUGUCUAACGCUUCGACACCGUGUGAACUAUGGAAUCGGGAGGCACCGCAACAUGGCAGUUCCCUUUCGGGCCAAAGACGUGGCUGCUGACAAAACCGAUUUUGGACAUCCAGAUGUGGGCUUGGUGCUGACUCAACUGACGUAUUACUACCAAGGGAUCCCAAAAGCGGCAUUCGAAAGAGUGCUGAGAAAGCUUACUGCUAUGGAAAUAGGGAUGUCAAAUGCGAUAUACUCUAAAUGGGUUGAUUUUUGUCAUCAAGAUUACAUACCGGAGGAAUUGAAAAGCUUUAGUAGUGUUAACUUAUUAGACCAGAUUCAGUUCCACGCUCUUUACGAUUUAUUUCACAGGCACAUGUUGGUUGUCGAUUACUGGCUUGAAUACAUCGUUUACAGACAAGAAGCGAAACAGUUUCCACAAAAACUUUCGGCAAAUGGAUGGGACUUGUGUCGCGAAAAUGACAACUUGGUGACAGGUUUUAGUGGAACCAACGAAACCCAACUUUUGCUACCACUCACAAUAGAACAACGUGAUCUGCCCUCUCUUCAAGGAACUAAUGCCUUAGUGAUGCACAACAUGCUUAAACCUGAGAAUCAGUUUUAUUGCUCUCUGCAGCACGGAGCAAGUGGCGAAGAUAAUUUGCAUUUCAUUCUAGCACAGAACCAUGAGAUCAGGGUCAUUUUGGAUCCUGGAGCUCUGAUCUUGAUUAACAACAAAGACUUUGUCCAACUUUGGUUGACAAAAACUACAAAAAAGACUAUUGAAGCUGGGAUAUAUUUCGACUCCAAAGACAACAUGAUGGUUCUAGAUCGGAAAGGAUUCGAAACUCCCUUGCAUAUCUCGCCGUUUGCCGAAAAACUUGGUUCCUGUGUUGUAUACCUAGAUGACGUGCAUACACGUGGAACGGACUUGCAAUUCCCGACCGGAACAAAAGCGGCAGUUACUCUGGGAAAAGGUCUGACGAAGGACAAAUUAGCCCAAGCUUGUAUGCGAAUGCGGCUGCUGGGUUGCGGACAUAGCCUAGCUUUUUUCGCUUCCUACGAAGUGGAUCUUGAGAUACAAUCACAGACUUCUAGUCUAACUUCACGAACAACAGAAGUAGGCAAAGUGCUUUCUUGGGUUUUCCUUAAUAGCAUGAAACAAGUACAAAACGGACUAACUCAUUGGGCUAAUCAAGGGUCAGAUCAACUAUACAAACUUAGCGCUUAUGAUAAAUUUAAUUCGAGAGGAGUCGACAGUCAUUCAUUGACAAGAUACGCCAGGGAAAUCGUGCAAAAAGAUGCGGUUGAGCUGAAAAAACUGUACGGGACCUUUAGAACAAAAACAUCCUUAUCUGGCCUCAUAUCAGAUCGAGUGCAGCAGAUUUUUGAAGUGUCUCAGAAGGAUUUUAAGGACCGUUUGAUUGAGAAAUGCAAUCGACUAGUCUCAGAAAAGGAGUUCUUUGCUGAUGUUUUUGACGAGGAGCAGGAGCGUGAGUUGGAACACGAAGAGGAAGAGGAGUUUCAACUCAUCAAACCCGGUCGCUUGUCGGCUAAAAAACCCGAGUUGCCCGAGUGUGUGAGACGUCUGGCAGAAGGUGGUCACGUGGAUCCCAGCCAAUUCCUUUGUCUUGAAGAAUGUCUGAUAAACACAAAAGUGUGGCCCAAAAUUACAAGCGCGUUCAAGCAUGUCUAUGCAAGUCCUGAGUUCCCAAAAAUAACGUCUGAUAAAAGAACUGAAGCUCAAGAUUUACAAAUGCUCGCAUCAGAAAGGCAGAUCAUUGAUUCUAAUACAGCAGGUCAUUUGACUGCUCUGUCCAAACCUAUGGACGAGUUCAUGCGAGACCCCUUCUGGCUGCUCAGGUGCAACAUCACUGGCGACUUGGUCCUUCUAACUGCCUUCGAGGUCAACGCCCUGUACGACACGUUGCAUGAAAUGAACCAUGCCGUUCUGUACAUGUUCCAGCCCUACCAUCAGAAACCAUCACUAUCCAUGAAAGCUUUGCAUGAGAUUGAAGGGUUCUCAAUUCCAAAGGGAAACAGUCUCCAGUUUGACGAGAUUGUUCAUUAUGCUGAGCUCAAUAUUUUUGCCGGCAAUCUGUACUUCGAAAAUGCGCAACAAGAAAGAUGGAUUUGCAGCUAUUUAGGUCUUUUGCCUCUCCCAAGAACAAUUGAACAAAAUGAGGCGUUCCAACAGAACCUUAUAACUUCCCACGGGUUUGUAACACCUCACAACAGAUGUCGAGUUCCACCUGGAGCUGAGCUUUGGCAAUCUUGUCCGUUCGAGACCAGUCCAGUGCAAACAGUGCUGGAUUUGAUCAGCAUCCGAAACGUCGACAUGCUCUAUCCUUCUAGCCACAUGCACAGACUUCUUUCAAGAUGUCAUUCGAACUUUGAAGAUGUUUAAAGACGUGAUGAGAAAUAGAGCAAUUUAUAAAACUGGGGAAAAUAAAAUAAGUUCAGUACUAAUUUUUAAAACUCGUAAUACGUAUAACCAAGCCUAGAACAUCAAACUUAUUGUAAUAGAAGCCCAUAUUGACUCAGACUAAACUAUCUAUUAUGAGAUCAAUGUUGUUGUUAAAAAAAUACACUAAUAAAAGACUAAUAUUAACUCAUUUUAGUUUUACUGUGGCUAGUAGUUUACAGAGUGAAAACAUGCAA